AUGGACCACAUAUACACCGGACACCAGCAGGACGACUCCGAAGACCUCCUGAUGCGCACCGACAACGAUAUCAUCGACGACGUCGCUGAAGAAGCCCACCAUCGUCGCUCCUCCUACCACGAAGAGCGCCGCAAGAGUGAUGUCGGCCGCGACUUUGAUCACAAGCCUACCCUGAGCCGUGAGCGCAGUGAUGAACACCACCACUCCCGCCACGACUCGGAGCCACACCCUAAUCGUGGACACGACCGGGAUGACAAGUACGAUGUCCGUCCCACACUCAACACCUACGGAUCCGGCAACGACGCUGCCGGUCGCCGCUCCCGCUCCAGAAGUCCUGCCCGCGAAACCGCUACAGGCGGCGGCAACUCUGUCAGAGAGCGCAGAGUCUAUGUCGGCAACCUUUCUUACGACGUCAAGUGGACAAACCUCAAGGACUUUAUGAGAGAGAUUGGACCCGUUGCUCACGCUGAUGUGCUCUUGGGUCGCGAUGGUCGCUCCAAGGGAUGCGGUGUUGUCGAGUACCAGAAUGCUGACGAUGCCAGAGCUGCUAUCCGCAAGCUGAACGAUGUUGUUCUCAUGGGUCGCCCCGUUUUUGUCCGUGAGGACCGUGAGUCAGAGUCCAGGAUUGGUUUCUCUGGAGGACGCGGAGGCGCAGGCCCCGCUCCUGCCGCUGGUGCUGGCGCUAGUGGUGCUAGUGGUGCUAGUGGUGCACGCCGUGACGUAAAUUCCCGCCAGAUCUAUGUCGCCAACCUUCCAUAUUCGAUCAACUGGAAGGACAUGAAGGACCUGUUCAGGAAGGCAGGACCAGUGGAUCGCGCUGAUAUCUUCCAGGACAAAGAGGGAGAUGAGCAGAGACUCGUCCUGUACGUUUGGACACCCGCAGAGUUGUCUGGAGCUGACAGAGGUCGCAAUUUGGCGGCUAAGCAACAAAGUUGUGGCUACACUCUCCUGUUCUGGCAUGCCUGUCGGUGUGUAUACGGAAGGAACGAGGUUGCGGUUGCAGAGGCACUGUUGCGGCUCUAA